AAUGGCGCGCAUGCGCAGUGUAGUGCAGUGGGGGGGACGUUAUCUCGGGAAGUGACAGUCCUUUCUCUCUGGAUGUGGAGGAUUAAAAUGAAAUGUGGAUGAUAUUAUGAAGCGAGAUGGCGUACCAGGAAGGAGAGACGCUCGAAUCGUGGCUUAACAAAGCCACUCACCCGACUAACAGGCAGGAGGACUGGGAGUACAUCAUCGGCUUCUGUGACCAGAUCAACAAGGAACUGGAAGGUCCACAGAUCGCUGUACCGCUUCUUGUUCACAAAAUCCACUCGCCUCAGGAAUGGGAGGCUCUCCAGGCGUUAACUGUGUUGGAGGCCUGCAUGAAGAACUGUGGGAGACGGUUUCACAACGAAGUGGCCAAAUACAGGUUUUUAAACGAGCUCAUCAAAGUGGUUUCCCCCAAGUACAUGGGAGAAAGUGUCUCUGAGAGGGUGAAGACUAAGAUUAUUGAAAUGCUGUACAGCUGGACUGUAGCGUUCCCUAAUGAGGCCAAAAUGAGCGAAGCCUACCAAACACUGAGGAGACAAGGACUCAUCUCAUCAGACCCUGAGCUGACGGCUGAUAAAACUCUGAUCCCGUCUCCGCCUUCUCGGCCCAAAAACCCGGUGUUCGACAACGAGGACAUGGGCAAGUUGUUGGCGGAGCUGCUCCGGAGUAAGAACCCCGAGGAUCUGCAGGAGGCCAACAGGCUGAUCAAGAACAUGGUGAAGGAGGACGACGUUCGGGUUCAGAAAAUGACCAGACGCAUGCACACGCUGGAGGAGGUAAACAAUAAUGUCAAGCUGCUGAGCGAGAUGCUGAGUCAUUACGACCACGACAGGUCAUCAGACGCAGACCGUGACCUCAUCAAGGAGCUGUAUGAGCGCUGUGACAAACUGAGACGCACGGCAUUCAAACUGGCCACGGAGACGGAGGACCACGACACUAGUUUAGGUGAGAUUCUUCAGGCCAGUGAUGAGCUGGAGAGAGUAUUAAGCCUGUAUAAGAAGGUUGUAAAGGGCGAGACGAAAGGAGACAACACUGAGGAACAGAAAACAGCACUCGGGAAAGGCUGUGAGACAGACACACUCAUUGACCUCGCUGGUCUGGAUGAACCGCCUUCACCCCAGACAGCCCCGCCCACUCAACACUCCAGAGCAGCUUUAUCCAAUCAAACUGCCUGCAGCAUUCCGGUGAUCCCGCCCCCUCCUCGCCGAUUGGCUGGAGGAUCCGCCAGUCAGACCAGCAGCCCCAUUCACAAAGCCUCCGAGGCGUCACCGGCCCACUCUCUGCUCGACGAUGAGCUGCUGUCCCUAGGCUUGAACGAGUCUCCUCCGGUACAGAGCAGACCCAAACUGGAGGACGCAUCCAACCAGUGGACGUCUUUACAGGCUCCUGCUCCUCCUGGACUCGACCUGUUCUCCGGUGGAGCAGCAGCACCAGGGACCGUGUUUCCUCCUGCGCACACUUCAGGCCACCCCACACACCCCACACACCCUGACAUGGUGACUCAGGGGCUGCAGGAUCUCGCCAUGCUGAACCUGGGAGAGGUGCAGAGUGUCUCGGGUCAGCCCGUCAUGGCCACCGGUGUUGGUUUGGGUUUCGGCGUUUCCUCCUCUCUCUCCUCCUCCAACCCAUUUAUCAGCUCCAGCAUGCCCGGCUCGCCCCUGCGCCCUCUACAGGGGAACCCCGUGCGCUCUGAGGCAUCCCUCAGCAACCUACAUGUUCCCCUGGACUCCAUCAAAACCAGUAAGACUCUUCCUGUGACUGCGUACGAUAAAGACGGAGUGCGCGUCCUCCUGCACUUCGGCUCUGAGUGUCCUCCCGGGAGACCCGACGUCCUCGUCAUCGUGGUGUCCAUGCUGAACACGGCUCCUCUCGCAGUGAAGAACAUCGAGCUACAGGCCGCAGUGCCGAAGUCCAUGAAAGUGAAGCUUCAGAGUCCGUCAGGAGCCGAGCUGGCGCCCUUUAACCCCGUCCUGCCCCCUUCCUCCAUCACACAGGUCAUGCUUCUCGCUAACCCGCUUAAGGAGAAGGUGCGUCUGCGCUAUAAGCUGAUGUUCCUCCUCGGUGAGAGACAGUACUGUGAAGUGGGUGAGCUGGAUCAGUUUCCUACACCAGAGAGAUGGGGAAACCUGUAGAGCUAACACACACACACACACACACACACACACACACACACACACACACACACACACACACACACACACUGAUGGUAAGGUCAGGUGAUAGAGGUCUUCACUCUGAGAUCACUGUAAGACCUGACUCGGACAUGUGUAAGAAAAUUCCUGGUUUAUUUAUUGAUUUGUUUGUACUUUAUUAAAGCUGUAAAUGACGAGUGUUAUCAAGGGUCCAAGUUAGCUUCUAGUCGCUUCGAGCUACAGCGCUAACGCUAACACUGAGAUUCCACACUGCACAUGUGGACUCCAGAUCUUCUGUGAAAAGGAAAUCGCCGCUACUGCACUCUCGGUCUCUCUUCUGUAUACGUGUGUGUGUGUGUGUGUGUGUGCUACACAACACCGAGUGUGUAGUGCUCUACAUGUACUGUAAACACACGCCCUUGUGCGCUGGACAUUCUGGUAUCUAGCAAAACCCAAAAACUUGAAAAACAUGUUUCUUUUUUUACGGAGCGAUAACAAGCGACGAGUGAGAUUUUUAACAGUCGUGACCUGCCCACAAGACGCAAACUCACCAGGAACCUGUCGCUUGCUAGCGUGAACUCUGCCUCAGACACGAGCGAGUCAAAGCGCUGAGGUGAUUUUUUACAUUCUGCUGAAUUCUGUUGAACUUAAAGCUGCAGUACUGAACUUUUGCCUCUCUAUCGCCAUCUCUGUUUGAAACGGGAAACGCGAUACCUAGCUGAAUCAAGCGAACACGUGCGCUAAUGUUAGCUGGUUACAUACUGAGCCACUGAAAUGUCUUAAAUGUUCAGCUAAUAAAAGCCACGUCUGUGUCAGUCUUCAGUCCCUUCAGAUCUCGGAGCUUUCACCACGUCCCAAAAGCCAUGCUGAUAUUUAUUCUGGUUUCAGCACGGGCUCUGUCGCGUUCCCCUUUUCACUGCAUUCUCUCCAGUUCCAGGUUCCUUGGUUUUGACAGCAGCUGAUUCCCCAGAUGUGACUGAUGAUUGUGUUUAGAACGAUCCAGAUUAAAGCAGCCGUCUAGAUGACCAGUUUCAAUUCUAAGCAACUGUUGUAAGGAAAAGCUACAAACACUCCACCUUCCUCAGCCCCCACACACGUGAUAUAGUAGCCGGCUCGUCUUCUUUCUGUUAACGCGCGUGACGAAACCACGAGAAGGCGAAUGACGUCACGAAUGAAGUUUUGAACACUGAUUUUUUUAUGGACGAGUUCAACAACUGAUUUGAUUUAUGUUCGUUUUUAACCAAGAAAAGUUCCUUACUGCAGCUUUAAACCACAUGUUUAAUUGUAUAUGUCAUGUUUACCGGACGAUUGUGUUUUUAUUUAUUGAUGUCAUCGUGCAAUACAGGUGUGUUUAAUUGC